GCCAGAAGCCAACACUUUUGCUGUAGAGAUGGAAGGGAUCAUCUCCCCUGUGUUUACACCGAAUGAUGAUGAAAAUGCUAUUAUAAAUAAAAUAGGUCAGAUGUUCACUACCAGAUGCCCCAGAUUCUUGGGAGAGACAGGUGUGUUCCACAAUAAAUAUGAGAGUAACAACAUUGUGGACGGGGAUUGGAUAGAUGACCAGGAAGCUUUCUGUGGGAAAGGAUUUGUCAAGAACCCCAAGUACCUUUACAAUAACGUCAAUGGAUUGUAUUUGGGAUCAGCUGUGAAUACAAUGUGUAUUGCUUACCAUGGAGCCAUACAAAAUUCAUUGACUGUAAAAUACUCCUAUUCAGAUGAGAAUAUGGUUGUGAUUGAAAAUCAGUAUUUGACCUCCACCAUCAGCAUUGGAGAAGAAUCAGAUGUAUGGAAAUACACCUGCAUUAACAUGCUGACGGCACUUACUAAUCAUGUUAGUAAUGGGCAACUGUUCAAACUACACAGUAUCAUGGUUAAAAGGGCUGGAGAUGUAUUUAUAGAUGAAGUAUAUAUUGGAAAUGGACAAAGUACAACAGAUCUAGAGAAUGUCAACUUGCUUCGCCUUAAACCAGUGCGGCCCAAUGGUCAGAAGAUUCACUAUAUCCAAGGAGCAGUCACCACAGUUGGCUCGCUGUAUAGUGUGGAGAUCACUUUCAUACCCCUUGAAUGUGGACAUGACUUUCCUCUGUUUAGCGUUGUCACAGAACAGACCAAUGGCCUGUUGGUGACUGUGACGCGGCAGAGUGCAGCCUCGCCCCCAAUCACAGGGACCUUCACGCUGUCCUUCAAGGGAGAUGAAUCUGUUGCAAUUACUCCCUCUGUAACUGGGAAGCAGUUAAAGGAGGUUCUGAUGUCAAGUGUACCCACGAUGGGGGAAAUCUACACCUAUAAGCAUGGAGACUGUGCAAACUUUGACCUCAGCGUGGCAUUUUUGUCAAUUCCAGGUGACCAGGAUACAAUCCAGUUUACAAACCAGUUGUCAGGGUUAGAUGUUACAAUGGAAGUAGUUACAGUGGCAAAUGGAGGUUUGACCUUUGAUCCAAUUCAAGGAGACAUGCUACAUAGUUACAGUACAUCGCCUCAGGUUACAGCCUUUGUCAAUGAAAUACCUACACGAUGUAGUGCAGCAACCGACCCCCCAGGGUGCUCGUUUCAAUGGUCUGUUACAAGUACCCCUGUCAUCCAAAGCUGCUCUUCCUCAGGAGUUCCUGUUCAGCUUACAAUAUCUGGAAGUGAAUUCUCAGCAAAUUUAGCAGAGAACACAGUGACUAUAGCAGGAGUGGCAUGUGUUGUCACCUCCUCUUCUGCAGUACAGAUUAUCUGCAGCCCCAGUCAGGUACCUGCAGGAACCCACACAAUAGAAGUCAAAGUAGUGGGCAAAGGAAAAGCUGCCAUGGUAUCAGGGGUUAUAUGUGAAUUUGUGUCCACUAUGACCAUUACUUCUGUGAAUCCUGCUUCAUGUAGCGUUGGGGGAGGAUGUGAAAUCAGCAUUGAUGGGAUGGGAUUUUCAUCAGAGACUAGUGUCACUAUAGGAGCAAGUUCCUGUGAAGUCAAAUCUGCCACCUACAACUCGUUAACAUGUGUUGUUCCAAGCUCAUCCACGACGGGUUCAAAGACUUUGACAAUGUCUUCUGGUGGGCAGUCUGCCACAGACUCCUUUUCCUACAUCACAGGUCCAACUGUGGAUCAAACUAGCAUUAUUCUUACUGAGGAAAAUGUUGCAGGAGGUCUUGUUCACAAAGUAACAUUUACUGGCAGUAAUUGGGGAGAUGUAGCCACUGUAAAGCUCUUCAUACAAGGAAGUGAGGUGACCCCCAUUACAGUGACACCAUCAUAUUCCCUGGUGGCCACUCUCCCUUUGCUUUCCCCGGGAACCUAUACACUACAGUUGCUCACGAGCACAGGAUAUGCUGUGGACAGUACUGGCAAUGUUCCUAGUAUUACUGUACAAACACGAGAGAUCACCAACGUUUUCCCUGCCACAGGAUCAUUACGAGGGGGGACUGAGCUAACAGUAACUGGUGAGGGAUUAAGCACAGUCACCUCAGAAAACAAAGUGAAGGUUGGAAAUCAUGACUGUGAUGUGCAGAGCUCAACAUCAACAGAACUUAAAUGUGUAAUUGCAGAUACUGGAAAGAUACACUAUGUAACAAAUGAUGGAAUCCAUCCAGAUUUCCGCAUCAGUGGCUAUGCGUGGGAACCUAAAAACCUUCAGGUGAAGGUGGGGGACACGGUACAGUGGAGUUGGAAGUUUAAAUCAUUCAUCACGGGGAUGAAGGUCAAGGUGGCUCAAGUAACAGCUCUUCUGUCACAGGAGCUAGAAGAAGGGGGAUUUUAUAGUGGCCCUUCUAGCACCACAGGAGUAUACCAAUUCCAGUUUCUGGAGCAGGGAUCCUACUAUUACUGGAGUGACUUUGUAGACGAAUUCAAGACAACUCAUUUCUCUGGAGUCAUAGAAGUACAGAGUCUGGAUUCAUAUGCUGCUGAGGUGCAAGUGAAAGUUGACAACAUAGAAUUCAGCCAUAUUAAACCAGGCACUACAGACCCCACGCUUACAGGGCCCUGCCCCGGGAGCACAGGUGACCAAGGAUCAUGUGUGACACCUUCCUCACCGAUUAAUGAUGCCAAUAAAUGGAACUUUGAUUUCUGGGAUUGUGCUACACCCAAAGUCACUGAUGUUUCUUUAAGUGAAGGCACAACGUUUGAUGUCAUAGAGGUGACAGGACAGGGAAUUGAUAUGAACACUUGUGAGCUGGAGGUUAAGUUUGGUGACAAUGUAUGCAUUGUACAGGGAAUAGGUGACAAUAAAUUUUACUGUACAAUUGAUCCAGGAAACACUCCCACAGUGGGACUUCUGCAGGAAAUUUCAGUAAGGGUCAGAAACAGAGGAAAUGCUCUGGUACGAAUAGAAAAGAGGCUGAAACGUUCAUUUGCUCUUCUUCCAGCAGUACGAACAAUUUCUCCCGAAUCAGGGUCAACAGCUGGAGGCACAGAAAUCACAAUUACAGGAACAGGCUUUUCUGAUGAUAAAGAAAAAAUGAUGGUGUCCAUUGGAGGGUAUGCCUGUCAAGUGAAGAGCACUUCAUUCACCCAGAUUACAUGUAUAUCUCCUGCUCAUGCUGCAGACAGUAAAACAGUUGAGGUUACGAUCAUUACCUCAUCUGGCAUACAGAUAAUAGCUGUUUGCAAGCAUGUAAGUGGUGUGUGUACUUUCUCUUAUUCAACCUCGGCAACUCCAGAGUUGACAAGUGUAAAUCCUGAUGCCCUCUCGGGAUCCAGUGAAACAACCCUGACCCUAACUGGCUCAUAUUUGAAGUCCACUGUAGAGGGAGCCACUGUCCACAUUGGAGGGGAGGAGUGUACAGUGCAAUCACAGACUGUUGAUACUAUCACCUGCACAAUUACAAACCUUCCCCUUGGUCAGAAUCCAGUCAGUGUCCAUGUCACUGGGUUUGGAAAUGCAGUAUCUUCUCUAUCUGUGGUGUCACAAGCAGUUGUAAGCAGCUUCUCUCCAUCUUCCGGCAGUGUAUAUGGGGGAACUAGAGUGCGCAUCCAGGGAAAUGGCUUUACACAGGAUGCUAAUGUCAAUAUAGGAGGUGUGCCUUGUCUAAUUGAAUCCGCCAGUCUGUCUGAAUUGGUGUGCAUAACAGGGGCACAUGCAGCUGAAACCACCCAAGUUGAAAUACAAGUUGGUUCAGUGAUCUAUCCACAACAAACCUUUAUCUAUGAUCAACAAAUAUCUCCCCAAGUAACCAGCAUCACCCCAAACCAAGGCAGCCAUGGUCAAGCUGUCACAAUUAAUGGUCAGAAUUUAAGUCCUGUGGAGAGCGUUAAAAUAGGACAGGCAAUAUGUACUGCUGUUACUUCUCCUGCAAGUGACCAGAUACAGUGCACCACCACUGCCCAUCCGGUGGGGCCACAAAGUGUAGUGGUCUACACAAAUCAUGGUAUGUCUAACAGUGACAUCCAAUAUGAAUACACCUUGGAGCUUUCAACGGUUACCCCUACCACAGGAAGUAUUUUUGGGGGUCAAAGUCUAACUGUUAGUGGAUCUGGAUUUGAUGCAAAUGCUGAGCUAAAGAUUUGUGAUGAAGUUUGCCAGAUUAACUCCAUUAGCUUAACUGCAUCACAAUUCUCAUGUUCCACACCUCCUUCUGCAGAUGGAGCCAAAGCAUGUGAUGUUGUUCUGACUUCCAAUGGACAGAGUAGAACACUGAGUGGUGGCUAUAGCUAUGACCAAACAAAGACUGCCAUGGUAGUAGGCUUGUCUCCCAGUCGAGGAGGUACUGGAGGGGGCACACACUUAACAAUAACAGGCACACAGUUUGGAAUUACGCAAGGCAAGGUGGAGAUAGAUGGCAGCAGCUGUGUUAUAACUAGCUGGACAGAUGUUCAGAUUGAGUGUGAUACAGAAGAACAUAGAGAGACGGGAAAAUACAGUGUAACUGUGACUGUGCCUGGAGAUGGACUGGCUAAUCCAGGAAUGCAAGAAUUUUUCUACAUAGAUGUCUGGUCAUCUCCCUUUUCCUGGGAAGAUGGUAUAAUUCCAAAAGAAAAUAAUUUGGUGGUCAUAAAGAAGGGACACACUGUUCUACUGGACAUCAGUCCUCCUGUUCUGAACACGAUACUUAUUGAUGGAGGAGAUCUUGUAUUUGACACUGAAGAUCUAGAACUCCAAGCCCAAAAAAUUCUAAUUACAAAUGGGGGAAAGUUUCAGGUUGGAACUGAGGAUGCACCAUUCCCUAAUAAAGCCACAAUCACUCUACAUGGACAUGUGCGAUCUAAGGAACUUCCUGUGUAUGGCACCAAAAUGAUAGGAGUCCGAAAUGGAUCACUGGAAUUACAUGGACAAAGAAUUGUGACUGCCUGGACUCGUCUAGAUAACACAGCUGUUGCUGGGGCAACAAGUAUAACUCUAACUCAUCCAGUGGAUUGGAAGGCGGGAGAUUCCAUUGCCAUAGCAACAACUAAUCACAGACACACACAAAAGGAAACAGAGGAGUCCACUAUUGCCUCUGUCUCAGCUGAUGGUAGGACUUUAACCCUGACCCAACCACUGCAAUAUGAACAUCUAGGCGUGAUAGGAACAUACGGUGGCCAAAACAUUGAAUUCCGAGCAGAAGUUGGGCUUCUUACACGAUCAAUUGUUGUUCGUGGGACAAAUGAUGACCAGUGGCAUGAUGUUAUUGAGGAAUGUCCACAGGGCUUUGAUACUGGUGAGUUUGCUCAACGUCCCUGCUUCCAAGGCCUAUUUGGAGAGGAGAUCGGAAGUGAUCAGUUUGGGGCUCAUAUCAUUUUCCAUGCCCCACAACCAGAUUCUGGAGUUGUUUUUGCACACAUUGAAUAUGUGGAAUUCAAUUAUGUAGGACAAGCUUUCCGUCUAGGACGUUACCCUGUCCAUUUCCAUAUUAAUGGUGACAUGACUGGGUCCUAUGUUAGGGGUUGCAGUUUUCAUAAAUCCUUUAACAGGGCUGUCAACAUUCAUGGAACUCACAAUGUGCUAGUGGAACACAAUGUGGCAUACAAUAUUAUGGGAGGAGCCAUGUUUUUGGAGGAUGGAAUAGAGACAGGAAACAUCCUGAAGUUUAACUUGCUGAUAUUUGUUAUUGCUAGUUCAAGUCUGCAAAAUGAUGACAAUGCCCCAGCUGCAUUUUGGAUCACAAAUCCAAACAACAUUGUUGAGCAUAAUGCAGUGGCAGGUGGUACGCACUUUGGAUUUUGGUAUCGAAUGCACAAGAACCCAUCAGGUCCUUCUUUUACUACCUCCAUUUGUCCACAGAAAGUUCCUAUUGGAUCAUUUUUCAACAACACUGUUCAUUCCAAUGGAUGGUUUGGUUUAUGGGUGUUUCAAACAUUCACACCAAAAGUUGGUGGGGGAUGUAACUCCAAAACACCUCAGGAAUCACUCUUCUCUGGUCUGACUGUGUGGAAUUGUGAGAAAGGUGCUGAGAUAGUUGAUGGUGGUUCAGUUAGAUUAAAAGACUUUGUUCUUGUGAACAACAAGUUAGCUGGAUAUGAAGGCAAGCAGGUUUUGGAGGGAACUCAGGUCAUUGAAAAUGCUUUGAUAGUGGGACAUGCCACUGAGCUUACUAAAACAGAACAGGGAUGCACAAGAGAUGGGAUCAAACUUCCUUACAAAUAUGGCUUCGAAGUUGAAAAUGUUAAAUUUGUUAACUUUGAUGAAAGUAACUGUGCUGCAUUUGGAGUGACCAGAAUCACUGGAAAGUGUUCAGUAUAUUGUGGUGGGUAUAUGUACAAGACCAAGGGACUGGCGUUUGUCAACUCACCCAACAGGGGGAAAUUCUUCUGGGCAUGGGAGGCAUUGAUUGAAGAUUUAGAUGGAUCCCUAAUAUCUGAUGGUCCUUCAGCAGCAGAUGCUGGAAAGUUUGUACUCCCUCAGGCAGACACCCUGCCAUCCACCUGUGUAGCAGUGCCAGCUUUCAGCAAGGGCAGUGUUUCAGCAGUAGUGUGUCCAAGGGACCUCAUCUUUCACAGAUUCACAUUUAAUAAGGUUCCACGUUCUCUGGAAGGCAAGAAUGCUAUAUUUACAAACACUCAUGGAAGUUCAGUUCAACCGUAUAGAUCCAAGGCUAUCACCAACAAAAAAGGCUGGCUGAUUGUAUUUUUAGAUGGAAUGGAGUACACCAUGGAGUUUCAGGAUAAUCCUGGGUUUACCAACUUUACAUUUAAUGGGAGAAUAGACAAUUUUAAGACCAAAGAUGAGUUUGUGACUCUUGCACAGAACAUUCAGCAAGAACCCAGUCGUUUCUUCAUAGCUGGUUCCUCCCACAUUCCAAACCCUGGAACACCCAUUGAUACAGCAACUAGCAGUCAUGGUCAUUGGGAGUAUGCUGGUGGAGUAUUGAAGUACUUAGUUAGAGGACAUGACCCAACAACAGUGGGAACAACCACCAGUAGAAAUGUAGGCAUCAACUUUAAAGUGUACAAGUGCUUCUUUAAAAACUGUGAGCCUCCACCUGACCCUAACACAGUACCACCAGUGGAGACGCGCCCAGAUGAUGCUGUUUUAUGGUCUGAUAAGGAGACAUGGUCAGAUGCAGAGGAAGGAUGGGGUGGGAAUAAAGGAGGGGGGCAGUAUGACCUGCCUGUGGAUGGAGAUAGUGUCAAAAUACCUAAAGGUAAAUGGGUGGUUGGUGACAUAGCUCUGCCACGAAUGGAAAAAUUGGUUCUCUAUGGUGUGUUGGAAUUGGAUGACGAUAAUGGCGCUAGGGACUUUGAACUUCGAUGUAAAUACAUCAUAAUUCUUGGAGGACGACUUAUUAUUGGUUGGCCAAAUAAACCAUUUCUUGCAAAUGCCUUAGUGAUUCUUGAGGGAAAUAAACAAACGGAUUAUUAUGAACAAGACAGUGGUCCCACAAUAGGUUCUAAAGUCUUGGCUGCUUUUGGAGGAGUGGACAUGCAUGGUAUUCAAAAAGGCAACUCAUGGACUCGUCUGGCCCAAACUGCCAAUCCUGGCAACACCCAAAUCACUCUGGUCUCUGCUGUGGACUGGGUAGUGGGGGAUGAAAUUAUCAUAGCCCCCACAGGAUACAGACCAGAAGAGGUGGAAAGAUUCACAAUCAGUAGCGUAUCUAGUGAUUUCCUCACAAUCACACUAGAUGGCUCAUUGCAGUAUAAGCACAUUGCACACACUCAUACUGCUAAUGGCAAAACUAUACAGAUGGCAGCAGAAGUAGGACGGUUGACUCGAAACAUUCGCUUUGAGGGAGCAACCUAUGCAGACAUGCAGGCAGAGGCAUACGGAGGUCGAAUAAUGGUUUCUAGAUUGGUAGAAAAUGAUCAACUUUAUAUAGGAUAUGCACGUCUUCAUAAUGUUGAAUUCCGCUAUACAGGACAGGAGGGAUGGGUGGAGCGUGGAGAUGCACGCAACUCUCUGGCUUUUGUAGAUGCUGGCACGGUAAAUCACAUCAAACCAUCUUAUGUUAAACAUUGUUCCUUCCACAAAAGUUUUGCUCCUGCUGUCACCGUACAUGGCACAAACAACUUGCCAGUAGAGUGGAAUGUCAUGGCAGACUCGGUUUGGUUCGCUUUGGAGACCACCAGUUCUAAUACGAAGAUAUCUCACAACUUUGUAACCAAUGUAAAAUGGGAUGGGUGUUACAAUGACAGAUUUGAAAACUUGAAUGUAAGGUACAAUGGAGCCUUCAAUUUGAACUCUGCAACCAACUUGGUGUUGGAAUACAAUGCUGUGGGAGGAGCCCAGAGGGUUGGUUACAACAUAUUAGGGGAGGAAUGUGGUGCAACUUCAGCCUGGAAAGGCAAUGUGGCUCAUACUACACUCCUAGGAGUGGCAAAUAUCCAGCAAAUGACCCCAAUUCCAACUGGUAUGGAUUGCGUUCAAAUUAACAACUUUGAUGUUUGGAAGAACCUGGAUUAUGGAAUAUACUACAAUAACUUCGUCAACUCAAUUAUAAAAGGAGUCAACGCAGCAGACAAUGGGGUCAAUGUCUUCCAGUUCAUCAUUGGCCCAGUAGCUAAACGACACUUGUAUGAGGACAAGUUUGCUAGAGUUGAAGACAGUCUCAUUGUUGGUACUUCUGAUGCCUUUGAUUGUAGUACAGAUAUUCCUAAUAUCAAUGACUGCAACAUCAAACUCAGUGGGCAAAGCCGUGCUCACAUUGGAUCAAAGAGACUUGGGAUUACAAUGCCAACAUUUUCUUCUGGAGGAAACAAAGCUCCAGAAAAACCAUUUGCUGGCAUAAAGGCCUACCAGGCGAUUGGUGGAAUGGCUGCUGUAUCGGGCACUACUUUCUCCAAAUUUGGUAACCGCUGCUCAGGUAGCAGAGACGUGGUCAUUGCCCCUAAUUUUCAGAAUGAUGAUGGGAACCACAGAAUGGAGACGAGCAGUGUGGUCUUAGUAGAUGUUGAUCAAGAGUCUAAGAUCUUCUAUCCUCGAUCAAACUUGGGGAAGAUCAACCAAGCAGACUGUGUGGACAUGGCAUGUGAUGCCAAGGUCAAAACACUGGUGGUGGACAUGGAUGGCAGCUUCUUGGGUCAUGUUGGCUCAGUCAUUCCCCAGUCUGAACAUGAGUGGAACGGAGACCCUGCCUACAUGUUGGGGGACUACAGGGUUCCCAAGGAAAUGCAGGUCACUCUAGAUGGAGAGAGAAUUCCCAUGGAUACAUUGGCUCCUCACAAAGGUAUCAUCAGAGAUGACAGCUGUAGCAGUAAAUCCUCCUGGCAGGCUUACGAUUGUCCAAACUUAAAACACUACACACUGACCAUAGAGAACAUGGACUCGGAUACAGAGAAACGACGGCUGUCACCUGUGGCUCUCCUUGGAAAUGGUUAUCUCGAUCUCAUUAAUGGACCCCAGGACCAUGGUUGGUGUGGUGGUUAUACAUGUAGACUCAGGCUCUCCACAUUCCAAGCCUUAGUGUUAUCCAGUCAAGAAUAUCUGUUACAUUACACCAGCACCUCUCCUCAGCACACACGCUUCAUGAUGUUGGAUAUAGGACAAAAUGAGUGUAUCCAGCUCUCCAUAUGGUACUCCCAGCCCUGGCGUCUGGACGUUUACCACGAUGAUACUUAUAUACUGCCAGCAAAUGCUAGACGUGUUGAAGGAAAGGUGGACACUCUUGUUUAUGACCCUCCUCCAGUUGGGGAACCAGACAAGUACAAGCCCAGUGCUACCACCUGCAGCGAUGCAUCAGGAUCAAACUUCUAUGACAGAAGUGCUGGUAUUCUGACCAUCCUCAUUAAGGGUCCUAAGCCCGUGAGAGUGUUCACUGUAGACUCAGUCAUUGUCUCCUUCCAGUUUCCUUCAAUGAGUCUUGAUGAGUUCUAUGGUGGAAAUAUUGUUAUGCAUAUAGCAGCUUUUCUGGAUAUAGAUCCCAAAUUUGUCAGGAUAACAAGCAUCACCAGGGAAACCCCCACAGUUAAACGAAGGAGGCGACAAGCAGAUGAAAAUAUUGUGGGAGCUGCCAUAGAUAUCAGCAACCCACCAGGCAUGUCUCCUACCUCGGACAGUUUGACAGGGGAUGAUGUAAAUCAGCUAUCUAGUAAACUCAUAAAUGGCAUUCAACUGACAAACUUCAGUGACACUAUAAACCUAGAUCCUAGGACAUCCUUCUCCAUCUCCAGGAACUUGCCAGCAACUGACAGUCAAGAGUGGCAGCAAAUCAAUAGCACCUCUUCAGAUGGCUACAUUGUAGUGCAAGUGGCAAAUCAAAUGAUAUUCCACACUGCACUGGAACCUCUGCAUGAAGGAGCUCCAUUUAAAAAACAACCCAAGAUACAAGUUUUGGACAAAACGGGAGAGGUCAUCACAAUGCUGGGAGCAGAGGAAAACACCUGGAAGAUAACAGCAUCAAUCCGUGCAAACUCUGGAAACCCAAGUGCUGUUCUUUUGGGGAAUACCACUGUCCAAUUUAUAGGUGGGAUAGCAGCAUUCACUGACCUUGCUAUCUCCCACUUCGGUACAGACUAUAUUCUAGACUUUACUCUCACUGAACCGGUUGUUGGAGAGCCCUUUGUGAUAGCAUCGCAGGCCUUUUCUCUGCCAGGCAGACCUAUUAUAGCCACUGUUGUGUCAAAAACUCCCAUAAUUGUUGAAGGAUCUGAGGCUUCAAUAACAUUGGAAUUACGAGAUGCAGUAACAGGCCAGCAUGUCGAUGACAUAGACUGGAGGGGUCAUUCUUGGGGAGCAACUGCAGAAAUUGGAAUGAAUGAAUUGUAUGGUGAAAAUGUCAUGGAACAGAGAACAGUGACAUUUGAUGUAAAUUCAGGGCAGGCAACAUUUAAUGACCUGUUGUUUCUUACAUCUGGAGUGUUUGUUGUCAAGUUCAACAUUACAUCAAACCCAAAUGAUUAUAAUUUGGAACAUCAGGAAACAGUGGUUGUCAGGGGCAUCAGCCAGGAGCAGAUAACCACCAAUGUCACCAAGGAAAUUGGAGUCAAGUUUGAUGCCAAUUAUAACAAUAUUGUCGGACAAUCCAAAAACAAAUACUUUGAAUCAAUGGUUCUUCAUUGGUUUAUCAAAACCUUUACUGAUGUUGUACCUGCUCCAAAACUAGUUUAUGAAGGAAGUAUCAUGGUGACCUUCAACAUUGGUGGUAAUGAAGUCAAUGUCACUUCAGCUAUCAGCAAUUUAUGCAUUGCUAUUCAGAAUGGCACAGACUUUACGUUUGCAGGACAUAGCCUAACCCUCAGUGGGUAUAUGACAGUGGAUGGAAACAAAUACUAUGGAGUGUCCUGUGGGAUGGUAUCAUCAGAUGAUGGAGAUGACAGUGCAGUACCAGUCAUUGCAGCCGUGGCAGCAGUAGGUGGCGUUCUCAUCAUCGCUGUCAUCGUUCUUUUAGUUUGCAUGCUGUACAAAUCCCAAGUGGCUCCCAAAGCCAAGACGCACGACUUGCACGAAAUUCUCCAAAAUGAAAAAUCUUUUACCAGUAUUGGCAUCAGACAGAAACCUCCACAGUCGACAUCGCUGACCGGAUAUAAAAGAACAGGUGUAGAAUGCUGGGAGAUAUAACAGACAUUGAACACUUUUACAUCAUCUUCCAAUAAUAUCAAUUAUAGGGCUCAGAAUUAUUUUGUAUAUAACUUUGAUAACAUCUUGCAUGCCAGGGGCGUAGCUUGGUUAGGCUAGAGUAGACAUAUGCCUACACAUAAUUUUUAAUUUUCAUAGCAUAAUUUUACGUAAAUUACGCACACAAUAAAAUAUUUGUAUAUUUUCUAAAGAUUAUUACUCCUGCGACUGUCAUGACUAGGUCUAACAAUAAAAAUCCGGCUAAUAGUUAAUUGUCUCCCUUUUCAUAAAGGUGGAAUUGCAAUUAAAAAUCCAGAUUGUGGAAAAUAUCAAAGGUGAAACUGUAACCUCAAAAUGGCCUGAAUGUUACGGCUUUGAAUUUCCAUCAAUAUUAGUAUGUGUAUGCAUAAACAUUAGCAAUAUUUAAGCCCUAGUAACAAAAUGUCAAUAUGUCAGGCUUAAUAUUUUUUAAAUUGUCUACAUUUCAGUACAAAUAUGCUCUAAUCUUUGAGUGCGUUCGAGAUUGCCGUUCUUCGUACGAGUACAAAUUCCUGUCAAUCCCGAACGCCGAGUACGCAACCCGAGAACGGGCUCGAGGUGCAAGAACUCACACCAUCUCUGUAGGUAGUGUGGUCAAAGAACACGUUCGUACACACACGUUCUCAUUGUUUGCGACUCGUAAGAACGGAGCACGAGAACAACGGGAAUGACGACCUCGAACAAUUACUCUUUAAAACCCACUGAAACAAACUCCCAAACUAAAAUAUCUGCGAAACCUACUACUUUAUUAGAUAGAUCCCCCCUCAUGUAACUUAUCAAUAUUAUGAAUAAUUCAAAGUAAAAAAAAAGUACAUUAAUUUUGACUUAAUAUAGUUUUUAAAAUUUAAUCAAUAACCUUUUUAAAGAUGUCAGACAUACAUAUCACACAUUUUUGUUCAAUAGCAUAAUAAAAAUACUUAAAAACUGGUUAAAAUGAGAGUUCCAUAAAACUGUUAUUAGGGAAAUUAUUGCAUUUGAUGUAUGGAAUAGAAAAAAAUACUAGCAUCGGAGCUAUUGCCCUUGAAUAUACAAUUAAUUAUUUAUAGAAAUAAACUUUUUGAAUAUCAAAUAGUUUACCUGAUUUGUUAUCAUAUCCAGUGAAUAUGAUAUAUUUCUAUCAUGCACAAAGUUUAAUUAAAUGAAUAUUUUGCAAAACCCUAUGACAUACAUUACAUGAGGGUGGAGGUACCUUAAAUUGCUUACACAUCAAAGCAGUGCUAGCUACACCCCUGCAUGCAAUUAACUUUCAAAAUGUAUCUGUUAUAUUUCUUACUCUGAAUCCAUAACCCUUCCAUCAUCUUUUUCAUUGAUCUACAGACUUGGAACAUUAUUGGCCAAAAAUUUUGUUGGCUUAAAAGUACUUUGGAUCUAUUUGAAUUAGUUUGUACAUUUCUGUUCUACUCAUUGCAAAUUAUUUUGUUAGGUCAGUUUUUGCUAUUUGAAGCAAGAUAUUGUAUAAUAUGAGAGUUUAUGACAAAUGUUAUUUGUUGUUGCCCAUUCUUUGACUUGUUGCAAUUAAGUUUUAAAUGUCAAAGUGUUUUCAGUAUACAACUUGUAUAUUCAAUUUUAAACAAGUUUGACAAAAGGUGGAUGAUUUAUUUUUUUAUAUCCAUUCUUGCAAUAUUAAUAUUCCGUCCAUACUUUCACAUAUUUUUACUGUAUAGUAUGUACAAAUCUUUUUGGGAGAAUAAAUUUCAAAAGGCGAA